AUGCCAGUACGUGUAGGCGGGGCCCCGCAGCGUUCUGCGAGCUUCCUGCCCGCCAAUACUCUCGCACCGGGCCCGGGCUGACUCGCAAUGUCGUACCAUGAUGCUGGAUCCUGCAGAACUGGCUUUACACAUUCGGAUAUAGGUCCGCCGACGGCGUGGGAUGCGCCUUGCAAGCCAAGUAUCAAGGAGGCAUCUACUGCAUCAGCUCGCUGGAUCGUGCGCUCAUCACGUCGCUGCUUUCCCUCGGCACACUCGUCGGCGCUCUCUCCGGUGGGGUCGUCGCGGACGACUGCGGUCGCCGAGGGGGUGUUCUCUUUUCCUUGCUCCUGUUCCUUGUCGGAGGCUCUAUGCAGGUAUUUUUCACCAACAUCGUGGGGCUCAUCGUCGGUCGCGUUGUCGCGGGGCUCGGCGUCGGCUCAGUGUCGAUGCUCGUUCCCAUGUACCAAGCCGAAGCUGCGCCACCUCAACUUCGAGGGGCUAUCGUCUCAUGCUACCAGCUCUCAAUUACGCUCGGUAUCUUCGGCUCUCAAGUCAUUUCCAGCGUCACCCGAAGCAUCGAAUCGACGGCAUCCUGGCGUAUUCCGAUCGGCGUCCAAAUCCUAUGGGGUCUGCUCUUGAUGGGCGGGACCUUCGCACUGCCCGAAUCGCCCCGACAUUUGAUCAACCAGGGCAAGCUCACCCAAGGUCGUCGCUCGCUCGCUACGAUGCGCGGUCGAGCCGAAAACAGCGAAAUUGUCACCGCUGAGUACAAGGAGAUCCUCGCCAGCAUCGAGGCCGAGAAAGUGAUCGACCAAGGCUCCCUCCUCGAUUGCUUCAGAAGCAGGAUCAUGCUCAAGCGAACGCUAUGCGGCGUCUUCGCUGGAGCGUUUCAACAACUCACGGGCGUCAAUUUCGUCUGGUACUAUAGCACACAAUUUUUCACCCAAGUGGGCAUCUCGGAGCCAUACCUCGCUUCGGUGGCGCUCAGCAUCGUGAACGUGUGCAUGACCGCCCCAGGUAUCAUGCUAGUCGAGAGGCUCGGUCGGCGCAAAUUGAUGCUGAGUGGGGCCUUGUGGAUGUCGAUGUGUCAACUCAUCAUUGGCGCGGUCAGCAUCGGCUUUGACGAGGGUUCAAGCGCGGCACAUAGCGUUCUUAUCGCUUUCACAGCCUUCUUCGUCGCUGGAUUCGCCUCGACGUGGGGUUGUGGGACGUGGGUACUGAUCUCGGGUAAGCUUGGGGGUGCCACUGGCGGAUUGAGGAGCAUGCCAGGUGACUCAUCAGCAUAUCGGCGCUGAUCUUGACCCCGAUAGAGCUGUACCCUCUUCGUCUUCGGGGCAAGGCGAUGUCGCUCGCCACGGCCUCGCACUGGCUCUGGAGCUGGGCCGUCACGUUCUCGGUCCCCUAUCUGACCGACCCAAACGAGCUCGCCAUGGGUUCACGCAUCGCCUUCGUUUGGUUCGUCACCACCUUCAUGGGAGCCAUUUGGACGUUCUUCUGCGUUCCUGAAACGUCAGGAUGGUCGCUCGAGGAACUGGACGAGAUGUUCGCUUCUGGUACACCCUACCGCUUGACGCCGGAUUGGAAACCGUCUACGAAUUCGAGAGCUUUGGUCGACGCGUCGUUCAUGGUUCCUCACUUUGAAAAUUAUUCCUUAGAGCAGACGAAUAACUCUUACAACACAGAGUAA